AUGACAGUUGGUCCAAGUCUCAACGACGUCGAUUUCCCCAAGCGGUUGUCCCUGGUGAGUGGCGCCUCGCAGGGCAAAAACGUCGAUGACGGCUAUGCCCCUUCCAAGACACCCGGCGACAUUGAAGGCGGCGCGCUGCGUGAAGGUGGCAUGCCGGUGCUCACGAGCAAGGAAAACAUCGGUCUCCUGUUCCAGUACUCGACCAUCGGACUCGUGUACGGUCUUCUACCCGCGACCAUUUACCCGUUCAUGCAGAACUACCUCAACUGUUCCGGUGCCCAAGUGACUGCUGCAAGUCAGCUCGUGGUGCUGCCCUGGAGUUUCAAGGUCUUUUACGGCAUUUUGUCCGACUGCCGACCCAUUUUCGGCUACCGCCGCCGCCCGUACAUGCUCCUCGGUUGGAGCAUUUGCUUCAUCAUGCUCGUGAUUUUGGCUACUUUACCUAUCGGUCACCCGUACUUCACUGUGGCUGCGGACCGCGACAUCGACAUCGCUGACUACACACCGGAGAUCGAGGCCCGCAUCAACCGCAACGCCCCCGACCAAGGAGCCAAGUACGUCAUCAUCAUGAUGCUCGCUGCUGUUGGUUACGUUAUGUCCGACGUCUCCGCCGACAGUAUCACGUGCGAGCUGGCCCAACGCGAGCCGAUUGACAAGCGGGGCAAGACGCAGUCGUGCAUCUACACGGUCCGAACGGCCAUGGUCAUCUUCGGCCAGCUGCUCACCGGUUUCUUCUUCAACGGCGAGGAGUACGGCGGCGACUUCGACUUCUCUUUGAGCUUCCCUCAGUUGAUGAUCAUUGUUGCAGUGCUUACUGUUCCGGUGUUCCCCAUGACGUGGUUCUUCAUCAACGAGGAGAAGUCGAGUGCUGCCAACUUCCGGGAGUACAUGUCCAACUUUUGGGACCUGUUGUGCUCGCGUGCCAUGUACCAAAUUGUUGCCUACCUCUUUUUCGCGGGUAUAUUCGGCGGUAUUAGUUACACUGCCGGCUCUCCGGUAUCGUCAAAGAUGGUUGGCGUCACCCCGAUCAACAGCACGGUGAGCGACAUCCUCGGUAACCUGCUCUUCAUGGCCGGUAUCAUGGUCACGUCCAAGUGGGGGCUGCACUGGAACUGGCGCUGGAUGACGAUUGCAACCGGCACAGCGGUGAUCGUCGUGGACUGCACCGUCUCGCUCUUGGUUAUCUGGGACGUCUUCCGUAACCAGUGGUUCUGGCUGGGCCCUCCUAUUGCAGUGCAGCUCCCGUACGGCGUCGGGUGGAUCAUCUCCACGUUCUGCGUGGUCGAGCUGGCGCAGGUCGGCAACGAGGCUGCGGUCUACGGUCUAGUCACGACGGUCACUAACGUGGCCAUGCCUUUUGCGUCGUCGCUGACCCUCGCUAUCGACGGCCCCUUUAACAUCACCAAUGAGCGUGUGCAGACGGACGACCACUCGGUCCGUGCCGACAUCACGUACACAAUCAUCAUCAUGUACGCCAUGACGAUCUUCUCGUGGGUCUUCCUGUUCCUGCUGCCUCCGCAGAAGACGGAGACGCAGGAACUGGUGCGCAAGGGUGGACACAGCAAGCUCAUCGGCGGCAUCACGGCGUUCUACUUGGUCUUUGCCAUCAUUUGGUCUAUUAUGACCAACAUCAUGGCCAUGUUCGACAGCACGUCGUGCCUGAUGAUUGCCGGUGGUACUGGUUGCUAA